AAGGGGCUGAACAGGAACAGCACUGCGACCAACGCGGGAGGGGGGCGCGCAGAAGGCUGUGUUUAUUUCUCCUAAUACAUUUAUUUAUUUCUUCUUUUCUUCCUUUCCCCCGAGGUUUACUCGCUCGGCUGUUUAGAUUGUGUACAGUAAGCCGAGGCGCGGCGAUCGUCUCUGCAGCGUACCCGCUCCGCCUCGCGGUGAACUUCCCUUCGCGAGACCCUCGGUGGAGAGAGAGGGUCGGGGGGAGGGAACAGGAACGGUUGCAGCACGCAGGGUGUCGGUGCGAAAGCCAGUUGAUUCUUGGUAGAAAAAAGAAGUCGUGACAUCCCUGAAUUUAACACACACCAACAUCUCGAGCAGAGCUUUGUUUCCUCCGUGCGGCGUCCCUGCGCUAGCUGUUGGCAGAGCGAUGACGGUGCGGUCCGCUGCAAGGAGCGGGGAUUUAAUGGGAGCCUCCCGGCGGUAGAGCCUUUCUCUCCCGCCUGCCUCCAUCCAACACCCCCAGCACCCCCUCCCGACCACGGACCCUAGCUCGGACUCAGCCCGGGCUCUGCUGUCCUCACCGGGGGGUGAUCAAGGCACAGCAGCCUCUUGACCACGGAAGGAAUCAGGGAGGGAGGUCGAUCGGUCGGUCGGUCCCCCUCCGCCGCACCACCAGGGUCUCGACCUGUCGCUGUGUCCGACUUCGUGGAGCCAAAAUAUGUCAGGGAACAGUAAGAAAGGCGGUGGGCUCAUCGGGAUGAUGAAGGACGCUUUUCAGCCUCACCACCAUCUCCACCACUCCCAUCACCAGCCCGGCGCCGUGGACAAAAAGACAGUGGAGAAAUGCUGGAAACUAAUGGACAAAGUGGUGCGAUUAUGCCAGAACCCCAAGCUGGCCCUCAAGAACAGUCCUCCAUACAUUUUAGACCUGCUUCCCGACACCUAUCAGCAUCUUCGUACCAUCCUUUCCCGCUACGAGGGCAAGAUGGAGACGCUGGGAGACAACGAGUACUUCCGUGUCUUUAUGGAGAACCUCAUGAAGAAGACCAAGCAAACCAUCAGUUUGUUUAAGGAAGGGAAGGAGCGCAUGUAUGAGGAAAACUCUCAGCCCAGGCGGAACCUGACCAAGCUUUCGCUCAUAUUCAGCCACAUGCUGGCAGAACUCAAAGCCAUCUUCCCCAGCGGUCUGUUCCAGGGGGACAAUUUCAGAAUCACCAAGGCGGACGCAGCAGAGUUCUGGAGAAAAUCAUUUGGGGACAAGACUAUAGUACAGUGGAAGAUCUUCAGACAGGCGCUGCAUGAAUUCCACCCAAUCAGCUCAGGGCUGGAGGCCAUGGCCCUCAAAUCCACCAUCGACCUCACCUGUAACGACUACAUCUCCGUGUUUGAGUUUGAUAUCUUCACCAGGCUCUUUCAGCCGUGGUCAUCUCUACUGCGGAACUGGAACAGCCUUGCGGUGACUCACCCGGGGUACAUGGCCUUUCUCACCUACGACGAGGUCAAGGCUCGCCUACAGAAGUUCAUCCACAAACCUGGCAGCUACAUUUUCAGACUGAGCUGUACUCGGCUGGGCCAGUGGGCCAUCGGCUACGUUACUGCAGACGGAAACAUCCUGCAGACCAUCCCUCACAACAAGCCCCUCUUCCAGGCUCUCAUCGACGGAUUCCGGGAAGGAUUCUAUUUGUUUCCAGACGGCCGCACGCAGAACCCAGAUCUCACAGGACUCUGUGAACCUUCACCACAAGAUCAUAUCAAAGUCACACAGGAACAAUAUGAGCUCUACUGUGAAAUGGGCUCCACCUUUCAGCUGUGUAAGAUCUGCGCAGAGAACGACAAAGAUGUGAAGAUAGAGCCGUGUGGUCAUCUGAUGUGCACGUCCUGUCUCACUGCGUGGCAGGAGUCUGAGGGUCAGGGCUGCCCGUUCUGCCGCUGUGAGAUUAAGGGUACUGAACCCAUCGUGGUGGAUCCUUUUGACCCAAAGGACAACAGCGGGGGUUCCUAUGGUGGCUGCAGGGGGAUGUUCGGAGCAGAAGGCGCCCCCUCCCCCAGUUAUGAUGAUGAUGACGACGACCGACUAGAAGAUCCUCACCUCAUGAUGAGCAAGCUGGCCUGUAGUAAAGUGGAAAGACCCCCAUCACCACUUUCAAUGGCUCCUCCCACCUCUCUGCCCCCUGUUCCCCCACGUCUAGACCUGCUGCAGCACCGACCACCAAAUCCUCCAGGAGCCUCCAGUCCUGGAGCCACGUCCAAGGCUCCCUCCCAUCACAAGGAUAAGCCUUUACCGCUGCCCCCAGCCCUGCGGGACCUCCCCCCACCUCCUCCCCCGGACCGCCCGCACUCCGCAGGACCCGACAACCGGCUCCCGAGACGCCCCCUGCCCUGCACCCCCGGAGACCCGCCCAGAGACAAACUACCCCCGGCCCCACCCAACCGCAACAUGGCGGACUGGAACCCUCGCCCGGUGCCCAAAGCUCCAUCCCAGCCGCCCGCUGUCGGGGGCGAGACCCGCGGGUCACGAGAGCUCUCAAACCGCCACUCGCUCCCGCUGGCCCUGCCCUCAGCCAUGGAGGCUCAGAGGAACAACAGCUCCGUCAGUCUGGAUCACCAGCUGAGUUUUGGUGCAUCAGCCUCUGGAGGGUCCGAAUACGACAACCCAAAAGUGAAGCCGUCUGCCUCAGCUAAUGCUAUCUACGCCCUGGCAGCCAGCAGGGCACUUUCUGCAGUAAAGCAAGUGACGGGAGAAGACGGCUGUGAGAGUGAUGAAGACUCCGACUACAUGACCCCCAGCUCUCGCCCUGUACUGCCAACCAUCAGUCCUUCCCUGGGGGAGGUAGUGCCCAGACCUCCCCAAUCCAACUCCAUCAAUUCCAGGGGUUUGCUCAGUGAUAUGGACUCUGAGGGUCCUCAGAUGUAUGAAGCGAUGUACAACAUCCAGGCCCAGGCCCUCACAGCCUCUCAGCCUCAUCAAGCCCGAGACUCAGAUUACUCAGAGCUGCCUCCGCUGGCGAGCUCGAACGGACCGCGGGACUCUGAGUUUGAAGAAGAGGAGAACGGAUACGACAUCCCCAAACCCCCUCUACCUGUAGCCCGACGCACUCUCUCCGAGGUCAGCAGCUUAUCCUCCGCCUUCAGCCGCAUCUCUGUGGAGAGUGAGCCGGGAGCAGCAGUCUCGUUCGACUCAGUAGACGCUCCGGAGCGACCGCCCAAGCCUCUGCCCCGCCGGAUCAGCUCCGAGCGCCGGCCCAGCCCGGUCCCACCCGGAGCCACCGCGGCGCCCCCCAGCAACCCCCAGAUCAGCGGAGAGAUCGAGCUGCUCAUGAGCCAGGGCUACUCCUACCUGGACAUCCAGAAAGCCCUGAUGAUCGCUCAGAACAAUAUCGAGAUGGCCAAGAACAUCCUGCGGGAGUUCGUCUCGGUGCCCUCCACGGCUCACAUCUUCACAUAGCGACCCCACAGCUACCACCUCACGCCACCACAGAUACCGGACCGGAGAGUGCGUCCGGAACUCUCGCUCGCCCGCUUUUAGCUCUAGUGCCACGGAGCCUCCCUCUCUUCCUCCUCCUCCUCUUCCUCUUCCUCCUCCUCCUCCUCGCGUCUGUCCUUCAUGUGUGCAGAACGGAUCCGGCUCCGGAUCCGGCUCCAGAUCCGGCUCCGGCUCCAGAAUCCGGCUACGGCGGAACAACCGCAGCCGCGGUGAUACUGCUGCAUGUAACCCGAGGCUUUCGGAGAAGCUUGAGCGAGGACAAGAUGAUAAAACUGUUUUGUGUGUGUUUUCUAUGAUAAGUUAAUAAUAUAUAAGUGCGUAUAUUGAUAUAGUUAAUAUAUACACGUGUAGGCUGGAGAGGGAGGAGCUAAUGCAGACGUCAGGUGCGUCGGGGGGUGUAACGUGAGGCUGGGGAGGGCACAGGUGAGACAGGUGAGAGAGGUGAAAGCUCUUCAGCCUGACCUGCUGCCGUGAAAAACUGCAGCUGAACUUUUUUGCUGAUGUCAAAAAAUGGCCUUUCAUUGUGUUGCUUUGGUACUUUCUCGAGAUGUGUGCGUAAUUUUGUUUUUUUUUGUUGUUUUUUUUGCAGUCGUCAUUGUUUUUCUAAAGUAGCAUGGCAUGAGGGACGGUCCCUUAGACCACAGUCAGCUAAUUCUGCAGAUUCCUGCGUUUAGAUCUAUUCUCAUUGGCCACCGAUCUGAAGUUCCAGUUCCAGUGAAGCAGUGAUCAGUGAUGCUUUUCAGUCACUUCUCUGAUUCAGUUUUCAGUUUUUAGUUUUAGUUUUCUUCCCUCUGUGUCUGUCUGUCUGUCUGUAGGAUCAGCAUCAUUCUAUACUGCCUGAGUGUCAUGUAGCAUUACUGUAACUAAACUAAAAAACGAAACAUUUAGCUAAAAAAGGACGUUUCUAGAAAACACAGGGUUAGACAGCGCAACCUCCUUCCACUCUGGUAAAAAUAUACGACGUUGAGAUGGAUCGUCAGAGAAGCUGCACCAGACAUGAGAGUAAUGUGAGGUUCUGAAUUUCUUUCAAUUUCUCUCAUUUUUGCAUGAAAAAGAUGUAAACAAAGUGAUUUAGAGUGCUUUAAUGCUUUAAUACGACAAGGUCAGACAUCUAAGGGGUCAUAUUACACUUUUAUUGUUAUCACAAAUUUAUUUUUUUACGAUAAACAGGUCAUAGGAUCUAUAAACUCAAAUUUAAAAUUACCCACAUUCAGCAAUAGAGGAAGCUCCCACACUGCAGACUAAACUACCAUACUUCUUAGACUGCAAAAAAAAUGUGCAUGCAAGCUUAAAAUCAAUUUUAUCUAGCGUCACUUUUUUUUGUGCGUAUCAUGCACCCUUUCUCUAAAGGCUGCCUCACACUUGACGUGACAAAAACACACUGCUAAAAAUACAAAACCAGUGUUUCUAAUGGGACAUUCUUUCAAGUUCAUACAUCUAAGGGGUUAUAUUGUUUUCACAAAUUAGUUUUUUUCACAAUAAACAGAUCAUAGGAUCUAUAAAAACAUAGAGAAUAACAGCAAACUCAAAUUUAACAUCACCUUCAUUCAGCAACAGAGGGAGCUCCAACUCUGCAGACUAAACUACCAUACUUCUUAGCCUGCAAAAAAUUAGUGCAGCCAAGAUUAGAAUUAAUUUUAUCUUGCGUUGCAUUUUUUUGCACACUGGACAUGCCAAAAACAUACCUCUAAAAACUUAAAACCAGUGUUUUUAAUGGGACCAACACCACGUAUUGACAUGCCAGCGCUCAAGAUCUCCAAGCACUGUUGUGUUGGUUCAUGCCACACUGACAAAAACAAUUCUGCAAGUAGUAUAAAUAUGAAUUUUGACUUGAAAUGUAGAAGAAAUACAAGAAUUUCAAGUCUUUUUUUUCUUGAAGUAAAAGUCAAAAGUUAAUACAGCGCUGUACGUCAUCACAUCUUGCUCACAAAAAACACCAUUGUGGUGAUUAAGUAGAAGAUGAUACGCAAAAAAAAAAAUACUUAGAAAAUAAAUAUAUAAAAUCUAUACAUAUAAAAUCUAUACAAAUAAAAUCUAUAUAUAUGAAAUGCUGGCGUCUUGCUUUAACUAGAACAAAUUGUCUGUUACAGUGUGCUCACUUCAACACUCUAUUGCAAAUUACGGUGCUUUCCAUCAACAUUUAGCUAGAUGUCACUUAAACUUAAACCUCAAAACACCUGUAGUGUGUAAAUAAAUUUGCUAUAUCUGUGAUGAUUGUAGAUGUAAUGACCCCUUUGCUUGUUUUUUACACACGGUAACAUGGAUUAUUUAGCAAAGCUACCAAAAAUGCAAGUGUAAACACUUCCAAAACGCAUUAAAAACAGAUGUCUACAGCCUUAAAGUCUACAAUGACCGGUAUCGCUUUAAAACACUCUAAAUGACUUUGUUUACAUCCUUACAACUAAAAUCCCAUCAGUGAAUAUCUGUAAAAACACAAAAGUGCUAAGGUUGCUAACAGUGAAGGAAAGCAAAUAGCCACCAGUUAGCAUUAUGGAAUAAUAAGCAAAGGACUAAUCACUAAAAAUGGUUAAUAUUCUCACAAUAUUCUGAAUGAAAUAUGAAAUGAAUUAAAUGAAGUAAAACACCAGUAUCCAAAUAUCCACAUUAGACAUACUGCAAGAAACUACAAAAUUAAUGUUCCUUAUUAAUUAGAAUCGUAACUUUCCCAAAUUGUUGUUACCAAACAGGUCUAGACCAGUCACAUAUAGAGGGCUGGGAAGAUGUUGGAUUAGAAAGGGUUUAACUAUAUGACCUCAGAAGAUCAGUGAUCAGGAGAUCGCAGGUUUUAAAUCCCGGUCAUGCAGCUUGCCAUCAGCUGCUGGAGCCCUGAGAGAGUACACACAAUUUCCUUGCUCUCUCUCUGGGUGGGUACAGUACAGUAGAUGGUGCUCUUUCUUUCCCCUCAUCACUCCUAGGGUGAUGUGGAUCAGCACAAGGCUGCAUCUGUGAGCUGAUGUAUCAGAACAGAGUCGCUGCGCUUUCCUACGAGCGUUAGCGCUGUGAUGCUACUCGACAUCUUUUUGAAAAGAGUCUGACUAUAGUGUGUUGGAGGAGGGGUGUGCUAGACUUCACUUGUGUAAAUUGGGGGAAAAAAAAAGAAAUAAAAUGAUAAAAAGUAUAUGUGACCUCAUGCUAACUGGAGGCUCCCAAUUUGUGUUCAUUGUUGGUUCAUUUUUAGCACAAUGCUAAUGCUCUGGACACGCUACUACUUUAAUAAUUGAUUGAUUUGAACCAGGCAGAACCGGGCUAAUGUCUGUGUAGCUUCUAACCUUCCUCCUCCUAUACCUGUAUGUGUGUGUGUAUGUGAGAGAGUGUGUGUAUAUAUAUUUGUGUGUGUGUGUGUGUAUUAUUAACACGGUGGAGAAAGAUGAGCUUGUGUAAGUGUGUGUUUUCUACAGGCAGUGUUCUCUAGCUGGUUAGGGGGCGGGGCUUAGGAACACAAGGUGAUUAUUUGCUUUGUGGGAAGGAAGUAUUUGCUCCUGCAGCCCAACAGCCAAAGUUUCUGUGCUGAAUCCGGACUGAAAUCCAGAAAUCACUCAGAUUGGGGUUUUUGGCGAGGGGGUGGGGCGUGGUCUCGUGUCUGAAGCUGUUCAUCAAAGUGAAAUAGUUAUUGAUCAUUGAUUGGUUUAAAUAUAUUAUUAUUAUUAUUAUUAUUAUUAUGGUAUUAAUGUUUUUUUGUUUGUUAUUAAUUCAGAAGUGCUUUACUGCUGCUACUAUUGUUAGUGCUAAACAAUUAAGCCUUAAAUGUAUAUUUGUGAAUACUGUGUUUAACCUGUUUUAAAGUGACAGUAUCUGUUUGGGGUGGAAUUUGAUGAUGUAGCAUACUUGAAUUCCCGAGCAGCUUGUGCAGGCGUGGCUCCAGGCUGGCUUCCUACAUUAUUCUUUCUUUAUUUAGUUUAUUAUUAUUUUUAUUAUUAUUAUUUUUUUGUUUAGCCUUUUUUGGUUGGAGGAGGAUGGAGAGUGCAGAUGUGAAGGCGAGCUUCAACCAGAGAGCCGUUGUUCUUGUUCGAGUGUGUGUGUGUGUGUGUGUGUGUGUGUGUGUGUAAGAAUCUGUGAUUGCCACCGAGUGAUACACUUAUACAUGUGGCCAAUCAAUGAGAUAUAAGAAAAGCCUUAUAUAUAAUAUAUAGAUAUAUAUAUAUACAGCUCUGGGAAAAAAAAAUAAAGGUCGCACUUAAGUUUCUGAAUCAGUUUCUCUGAUUUUGCUAUUUAUAGGUUUAUGUUUGAGUAAAAUGAACAUUGUUGUUUUAUUCUAUAAACUACAGACAACAUUUCUCCCAAAUUACAAACAUACAUAUUGUUAUAAGCCCUAUCCAGAUGGGAUUAGUAUCUCAGGGGAUUCUGGGUAAUUUUCUCUUUUAUGGGUUUUUUUAUCCUCUGUGAUUUUAUUCCCGUCCAGAACGAUCAUGUACGUGUUUAAUUUUCUCAGACGUCCUCUGAGAAAAUAAAUUACAGGCUGAAUUAUCUACUGUUUUUCUCUGAACUCAGUGCUCCUCCGGUAAUUUUAGUCCCGCCCGGACGCACAUCUCUGAGUUUCGUCUCCUCACCUUUAAUAAAAUAAUAAAAUAGCUAUUUGUCCACUGCCGCGCACCGUAAUUACACUUUGGGCGCACCACGGUUUCCACGGAGACCCACAUAUAAAAAAAAAGAAACACAACAAGGAGUGGAAAUGGAGGAGCUACUGAACGCCGUGACGUCAUGUGACUGAGAAAGCCAAAAAAAAAAAAAAAACUCACUGGUCCUCCUGUUUUUUCUAUUGCAGUCCGGGUGCAGGAGUUUUAUCACUAGAAGUGUAGAAGUCCGGAUAGAGCUAUUUAGAGCAUUUAUUUGCAGAAAAUGAGAAAUGGCUGAAAUAAUAAAAAAGAUGCAGAGCUUUCAGACCUCAAAUAAUGCAAAGAAAACAAGUUCAUAUUCAUAAAGUUUUAAGAGUUCAGAAAUAAUCAAUAUUUGGUGGAAUAACGCUGGUUUUUAAUCAGUUUUUUUUCAUGUAUCUUAGCAUCACGUUCUCCUCCACCAGUCUUACACACUGCUUUUGGAUAACUUUAUGCUGCUUUACUCCUGGUGCAAAAAUUCAAGCAGUUCAGUUUGGUUUGAUGGCUUGUGAUCAUCCAUCUAAUUUGGUAAAAUCAAAGAAUUAGAAUCUUUUUUUUCUUCCCCAGAGCUGUAUGUAUAUAUAUAUUUAUAUUAUAUUGUGUUAAUUUUCUCCGGCCUGUCCGCCUCCCUGCUUUGCGCUCGCUCUUUCUCUCCAGGGUAAAGGAAUGACGGCUGUGUGGAGGUGCUUUCAGUCAGGUCCUCUCCGCUCUCCCUCUGUUCUCAGGAAUUCAGUACAUAUAAAUACAUGUAUCGACAGAAGACUAUCAGUAUUGAACGGGCGUGAAAUGAAGCGUUGAAUCUGUUGCUCGAGAAAAAAAAAAACGUGUAGUAAAAUAUAUUAAAUAUAUUGGGCAGUAGCUUAUCGGAAGUGAUGUCAGCGUCUCUGUUUCGGAGCGUCGGAAAGUGAAGCUCUGAGUGAUGCUGAUAUUGAGAAGAAAGUGCUGUUCUUCAUCAUUACAUGCUCCUCCUUGUGUUUGGUUUAUGUUUAUGUUUUGUAUGUAUGUGUGUAUAUGUAUGUGUGCAUUAGAAUGAGUGUUUUAUGUUUUAUUUUUGUUUUUUUUUUAUGUAAAAUAUUGCACUGGCAUUGCAGGUACUUCCACAAUAUGAAGCUUGUUGGUACAUUUUAGCUCUCGUUGAACUGAAUGGGAAUAUAUCGGAAUUCCUGGAUGACACACAAGCUCCUCAUCGCCUGAUUGGAUAAGACUUAAAAAAUAAAAUAAAAAAAAUAAAUAAAAAAAACUCUAUCCACUUUGCCUUGAAACUGACUGUCAGCAGGUUUAGCAUGUAGUUCAGUAUUUUUUUUUUUUGGAUCGCACCAUGUGAAGUAGGGACGCUUUUGUUUGUUUUCUUAUUUUCUUUGACCAGAACUGUUUAAUAAUGAUUUACUUUUUUUAUAUAUUAAUAUUAUUAUUACUACUAUUUUUUUUUUUUCAUUAUUUCAUCCUGGUUACUGUAUUUCUUGUCAAUAUAGUAGUAGUAUAUCUUGAGUGAGUGUGAGUGUGUGUGUAUGUAUGUGUGUUCAUGCCUGUUUGUGUUGAAUACGAUAUAUAUAUAUAUAUAUAUAUAUGUGUGUCGCACAGUAUACCAAUUUGUGCUCUGAUACUGUCACUUUAAAAUGUGGAAGUGUAUAAAGUUACUUAUAUAUAGAGAGAGUUCUGAGUUAUGUGGAAAUGGCGAUGUGUAAUUUUCAUUUUACAUUCCUGUAAGUCUGUAAGAAUUUUAUUUUUAUUUUUUGUCUCUUAUAUAUUUUUUUUCUUAUGUCUCCUUUUUUAUUUUGUGUGUGUGUGUGUGUGUGUGUGUGUGUGUGUGUGUGUGUGUGUGUGUGUGUGUGUGUGUGUGUUUGUUGGUUUACUGAUCUGAAUAAUACUGUGAGCAGUGCCAUAUGUUUGUCUAGAAAUGUCAGUAACUCUGUAAUUCUGCUGCCCAGAAUACGGCCUUGUUCCUGUAAAAAGAGAGAGCGAGAGAGAGAGAGAGUGAGAGUAGAUAUACUGGCGUAAAAAAAAGAAUAAGUGCGUUAGAAAAUGCGUAAGUUGCCCAUUUUUAUUUUAUUUAUUUAUUUUUUUUUUCUUUGCUUUAUUCUCCCCAAAAAACAAACAUCCUGUAGAGUUUUUCUUUCUCUUUUUUGUUAAAGGGUCGGCUGGACGGUCUCAGCUCAGACCACAAGAGGGCGCCGUCUCCUCACGUUGCCAUAUUAAUAUUAUUAUUCUCAUCCUUGAGUAUUGCAUUGAGGAGUGUCCUUUUUUCUGUCUUUCUGUCUAUCUGUCUUUUUUUUUUGUCUUUCUUUCAGUCGUGCUAGACUCUCCUCUAUCAUAUCACUUGGGACGUAUCGGACGUAUCGUGCAGCGCUCUGCUUUUAUACACGUUUUAAUUUAAUGAAUAGAAAAGAAACAAACAAAAAAACAAACUAAAUAAGGAAAAUCUCAAAGUCCUCUAAUCUCUGCUAGUCUCUACUCUACUUAUAGGUACUGCCUCCUUUAUUAUGGUACAGCCUGUGAAUCCGGUGCUGUCGAAACUCGAAACUACAGAGAAAGCUCUGAACACAGGAAACAUCUCCGCGGCUAAUAUUCAGGUGAUCUGCGCUGAUGCUGAUAACGCAGACGUAUAUAUAAACGAGGACGUGUCCAGUCAGUGUUAGGAAGGAAGGUGUAUUGUACUAUUACUCCAUAUGUUAUGUAUGCAUGUAAAUGUUGUUAUUUAACAAUGUAAGAUACUCAUGAAUGUUUCUUGCCACCAUCAGUAGUAGCCUUAACUCGAGGAACGUGGAACGUGGGCUGUGGGCUGGAAGAGGCGUUCGUUCCAGCCUUAAAGCAACGUCUCAAAAAUAAAAUAAAAAAAAGGAGAUAGAGAUUGAUAGAUUAAUAGAUAGAUAAAGAGAUAAAAAGAGAGAGAGAGGAGAGCACACCAUGUCCUGCCAGUACGGCUCUGAGAUAUGCUUUGCCUUACUGAUAUAAAAUCAGUCACGCUCAUAAAAUCGACAUAAAAUCCGAACUGCCAUUCUCCCUCAGUGCCAUGAUUAUUUUUUUAUUAAUUAUUCCAGUGAUCAAUAUUAUUUUUUAUCGUGUUGACGUCUGUCCACCUGUCUGUGAGCGAGCAUUUCUCUGUUUUAAUAAUAAAUCGGCUGUUUUAUCUAUGGAUUAUUAGAUCUAAAAACCACCCCUUUUAUAGAUGUGGCCUUUAGAUUGGUUCUCAUGGCUUUUCAGAUUAGAAGAACCAGGUUUGGAGGUCUGAAAGCUCUGAGAACCGGCUGGAGAACCAAUUAACCAAUCAACCAAUCAUCUUUAGGUUCUUAAUCUACUAAUCUUAAUAAUUAAUGCACCUGAUCAUAACUCAACACACUCAGGUUCUCCUGAACCUGAUGCAUCAUUGCCUCGAUAAAUACGAUAAAUAUCUGGUUUAUUUAAGCUUGACCUUCCUUAUUAUUUAAAAAAAAAGUUUUGAAGGGCAUCUUAAAUAAUAAAUAAAAUAAAAUAAAAUAAAUGCAUUGGAGAUGUUUAAAAAAAAACUCUUUAUAAAGCAGAGCCACAAAACACCUGUAUAAAUAAAGUAUGUAAAAAUGAAGUUGGGCAUCCAGUUCACAGGUUGAUAGUGAUUAAUGUUCUGUAAUAGUGAAUUAAUCUGAACUCUCUGAGGGGGGGGGGGGGGGGGGUGCAGAUCAGCAGCAGCAGUUUGUAGAAACUGGAAAUCGUUCAGAGUUUAGAGAGUAAAGCAGUGAGAACGGUCCCCCUCUCCCUGAAGAAAGAAAAGAGAAGAAGAAGCGGAGGAGAGGAGAGGAGGGCGUUCAUGUGUGUCAUUUUUUCCUUUUGUCAAGAAAUAAAGACUAAUGUUAUUUAUUAAUGUUGAUGUACUCCAACCCAGAGACCCCUCCUUCAUAAAGUCAUUUUCAUUUUUUUGGAUUUAUACAUGUUAUUAAAGCAAUUUUGAAUAAA